AAUACACGUUCCGUUAUUUUCCAAAUCUGUUAAUAUACAUCCUUUGCAUUCAUCAUUAAUAAUUUCAAUGUACAACAAACAUUAACCGAGCAUUUGCAAUGACUUACAGCACAAAAUGCCUGACGUCCCAUUACACAAAGCACUUGGUGUAGGAUUAAGUUGGCUAGGAGGGGGUAAAGGGAAAGCUCUUAAGAAUUUGAAAAAGGCUCACCUAGAGAUAGAUUUAGUCGAAAGUAGGUAUGUAUUGAUUUCUUUUAUAUCCCCUUACUCUAUAUGAACAAUUAAACAUUUAUAAAUCUUUCCAAUUAUCUUACUUCUAACCCAUCGAAAAAUUUGCUAAAAAUUUGCUUAGUAUGGAAUUACACCACAUGGCUCAAGCAAUGGGACUUGAAAGUGUCAGUAAAGAUGAAAACAUCAAUAACAAUACGCAUAAAUCUCGAAGACACCACGAGAAGAGCAAAAAUGAACCACCUCCAAAAACAUCUAUCCCAAUGGGUCCCUCUAGGAGUGGUUCAACGAUAGAUUAUAGUAAGACAGAUGGAUAUCAAAGAUCCAUAUGGCAAAGGGACGGAGGGUAUUCGUCAUACUCUGACAAACUACCUGCUCAUGAUUCUCCUCUGAUAACUAUAGGAUAUACGGAGAAUAGUUCUGAAUAUCCAGGUGCUGAGUUGGGAAUGGGUGGAAAACCUUGGGGUCGGCAGAGUCCUCCUGCACAUUCUACACUUGAAAAUUAUGUACUACCAUAUAGGACAUCUGGAACUUCGCAGGUGGGGAGUCCAGUAGGUUCUAAGAGGUUUCCUGCUGAGUUACCGACGUCGGCUAAUAAACCCUCUGAGGAGGAAACUCAUGUAAUUGGGAGUGGAUACAAGAGUAACAGUCAUCAGCACCAAAAUUACCAAGGUCAUCUACAAUCUAGUCUACCAUCAUCGCCGCAGGCAAUCUUUGAUCCGGUACGAGAUGCUGCAGCACGGAAUCGUACAGAUUCCGCUGUUCAUACGAAUCCUAAAUCAGACACCUCAUCUCACGCUAUUCUCACAAGGAAACCGGUGCAAUCUUUCCCCUACCAACAAGCGCCAAUAGGAGAGAAAAUUGAAAAUUCAAAAUCUUAUCACAAAGAAGAACGAGCAAAGAUCAAUCGUCGAAAUGAAGAAGAAGUCCUUCAAGAACGAAGAGAGAGAAAGCUUAAGGACAUUCCACAAGAAAGUAAAAAACCACAUGACGUCUACAUCGACGAAGCAUGCGCAGCGAAGAUCAGACACAGAAAUGAGGAGGAGAUUCUUCGAGAAAGAAAAGAGAGGAAGCUUAAGGAGAGUCGGAAAAUAAAUCAGCAAGCGGAUACACAAUUACCUCCUUCAUUACCCCCAAAAAUACCCCUAAGUUUCAACAUACGCCCAGAUCACCCACCACCCAACACCGCCAUCUCACAAGGCAGCAUUCGUAUCCCCAUCUCCUCUUCCGUACCGACCUCGAGUUUCAUCCCGCACAACUCCUACCUCAUCACCCCCGCAAACCAGCACAUGCACCCAAACAAACCUACCACCCAAAACAAUAUCAAUAUCCAAAACCAUACUAUCCAUGACCACCACACCACCAAACACAAAGCACCUCAAGCUCAAGCUCACAGCUGGAAUAAAAGCAACGCAUUUCUCACUCGAGCUCCCCCUACAUUCCCGAUUUAUUAUCCGGCCGCAAGGGAAUUAGACGGUACGAGUAUCUAUGUAGAAAUUAACCAUGAUCACCAUUCGCCUCGGGAACAUAUACGUUUACUCGAAACUUUAAUGAACAUUGAAGGAAUUCGGAAGAAAGAUGGAGAGCGGAUAGCUGUGGAUAUCGGUGUGGAUAUGGAUGUUGAUGUUGAUGUACGAUCAUCGAGUAUGGUGCGCGCACGCAGAUAUGCUUUUGCCGAGAAGACGAAUUUGGUGUUGGGUACUCUUGGGACUUUGGGAUCUGGUUAUGAAUUUGUUCGGGAAAAGGGAGCGGAGCGAGCUGGGUAUGGUGGUGGUAGGAUUGGUGCUGGAGGCAUGUAUUUAUAUGGGGAGAAUGUAUAUCCGAAUGGGAUGAUUCGGAAGGAUUUGGUGGGCGCUGCGAAUGGGGAGAGAAGAGUACCCGGGAGAGGAGAACAAAAUAUUCCAGAGAUUCAAGUGCGGAGUCCUACGCUCAGUGCAGCUUUAAGAGCGCAAAAAGAUGCGGGUAUUCAUAUGAAUACCGAUAGGAAUUUUACGCGGAUGAAUGAAGAAACUGAAGAGUUGCCAGUGCCGGAAUUGGGCAUUGAGACUGAACAUAUGCAUAUUCAUGCAAAGGAAUCCGGACGAAGAAGACAUAGACAUGCACAUAAACAUAGACAUCAUAGUCAUAAGAGAGAUAUCGAUGGAGAAGUCGACGCGGCAAGAUCUAUUUAAAGAUAGUGAAGGGAAUUUAGUUUGUAGGAAAUGUGGAUGGAUGAGGUAGGAGUGAGUUAUGAUGCUGGGUUGUGUUGAAGGUGUAGAAAGGUUAUGUGUUAAUUAUGUUUUUAAGGAUUCGAAUUCGCAUUCGAGGAUUU